AUGACCAAACAGUUCACCAUAGUUGUCAAACUUGGAACGUCGUCUCUCGUGGACGAGGUUACUAGAGAACCAAGAAUUGCCAACAUGUCGCUCAUAGUCGAAGCAAUGGUCAAACUACGCCGCCAGGGCCACAAGAUCGUCAUUGUCUCGUCCGGGGCAAUUGCUUGUGGAAUGAAACAGGUGGGACUACAAGACAAACCUGCCAACCUAUCAGCAGUGCAGGCAUUGGCGUCUAUAGGACAAGUGCGUCUUAUCAGAACCUUUGACGAUCUAUUCCGACAAUUGGAACAACCUAUAGCCCAGAUUUUACUCACAAGAAACGAUAUCAUGGAUUUUACCCAAUACAAAAACGCCCAGAAUACCUUGAAUGAGUUGAUGGAUAUGGGCAUUAUCCCAAUAGUCAACGAAAACGAUACAUUGUCAGUUUCCGAAAUCAAGUUUGGCGAUAACGAUAGUUUGUCAGCAAUCACAGCCGGAAUCAUCCACGCCGACUACUUGUUUCUCAUGACCGACGUUGAGUGUUUGUACACCGACAACCCAAGAACUAACCCACAGGCACAACCUAUUUUGGUGGUAGAUAAGAUCGACGACUUGCAUGUAAAAACAGACACCGAAUCUGGUGCUGGGUCUAAGGUCGGAACUGGCGGGAUGACAACCAAACUAAUUGCAGCUGAUUUGGCAACAAACGCCGGCGUCACCACCAUCAUCACAUUGUCGAGCCAGCCCUACUACAUUCUCGAUAUUGUCGCCCACAUCCAAGCACAUGCAGACACAUUGUCGGUUGAAGACCAGCGUCUUGCCCUACAAAGAGACAUCCAGCAAGGCAAAAUUCCGUUGCAUACCAGAUUCCUAAGCAAGCCUCAAGAUACACUAAUCAAGUCGGAUCGCAGAUUCUGGUUGCUACAUGGAUUAAAGACGAAAGGUGCGUUGGUUAUUGACCAAGGGUGUUUCCAGGCAUUGACACGUCGUAACCGUGCAGGAUUGUUGCCAGUCGGCAUCCUACAUGUGGUCGGGAAUUUUCACCAAAGCGAGUGUGUUUCCAUCAAAGUUGUCCCCGACAAGAACGGCGCUAUUGAAGACGCAGUCGAAGUGGGCCACUGCAGAGUCAAUUACCUGGCACCAGAAAUUAUACUAAUCAAAGGUCACAAAAGUAGUGAGAUUGAAUCUAUCUUGGGUUAUGCCGACAGUGAGUACGUAGCUCAUAGAGAUAAUUUGGCAUUCCCACCAGUCAUGCCUCCUUCAACUGAAUCCUUGAUCGGGUAG